AGAAGAAGAAGCCACAGAAAAACAACAAAACAAAAACAUUUCCCGAGAUUCCGAAGGAGACCACUGGACACGAAAAGGAGCACCAAAAGGACCUGGCCAGGAUGAACGGACUGCCGCCGAGCAAGCACUACAACUUGACGCACUACCAGCAGCGCUACAAUUGGGACUGCGGCCUGUCCUGCAUCAUCAUGAUCCUGUCGGCGCAGCAGCGUGAGCAGCUCCUGGGCAACUUCGAGGCCGUUUGCGGGGAGGAGGGCUUCGGCUCGAGCACCUGGACGAUCGACCUGUGCUACCUGCUGAUGCGCUACCAGGUGCGCCACGAGUACUUCACCCAGACGCUGGGCAUCGAUCCGAAUUACGCGCAGCACACCUACUACUCCAAGAUCAUCGACAAGGACGAACGGCGGGUGACGCGCAAGUUCAAGGACGCCCGGGCGCAUGGACUGCGCGUGGAGCAGCGCACGGUGGAAAUGGAGGUCAUCCUGCGCCAUUUGGCCCGCCACGGACCCGUCAUCCUGCUGACCAACGCCUCGCUGCUCACCUGCGAGGUCUGCAAACGCAAUGUCCUGGAGAAGUUCGGCUGUUUUUAUAUACCCUGCAUCGCCCGAAAUACACGAACACGUGGAACAAAUAGAUAUGCUGGACACUAUGUGGUGCUCUGUGGCUACGACAUGGCCGUCCAGAAGCUCUUCUAUCACAAUCCCGAGGUUCACGAUGGCCACAUCUGUCGCUGCCUCAUCGAGUCCAUGGACACGGCCCGUCGCGCCUACGGCACCGAUGAGGAUAUCAUCUUUAUCUACGAAAAGAAAGCCACCAGGGAGUAAGAAGACCUGAACGAGGAUUAGGAACAGGAAGAGGAACAGGAGUACCUGCCAGUUGCCAGGUUGCCAGCGGAUAAGAAGGGAGGAUUGGAAUCUGCGCUUGUGAUAUUAGGAAUUUAGGAGGAGGGAAGAGCAUGUAAGGGGUUCUAUGCCCAAUUUUGCUGUGCCGUGUUUUCGUGUCCAUGUGUUGGCCCAUCUAAGUUCUAGGCAAAUCGCCUAUUUUGUAGAGAGAGAUUCAGAAAUUGUCUUCUUGUAAUAAUAGCGUUUAAAGUUACAAGUUUCCCGCUUUGGUAGCCAGAUGUAUACUAAAUACUACAAACUAAAUGGAAGUGCAAUAAAAAUAUAGCCCCUUAAAAAAGAAGAUUUAAUAAUCUUGCAAAUACAACAAAAAUAAGCAUGAUAGACUAUUGUAUAUAAGUUAAAUUAAUAAUAUUCCCAAGUUGAUUGCAUUUGUAACAUAAUUACCUUUAAAUUUUUAAGUUUUUUAGGUAGAUAGGCAUUUGUUUUAGCACUUAAAUGAGCCAACACAAAGCAUGUAAUUCAGGAGGUUUAGAGAAAGAGCUGCUUGGUUAACUUUGGCACAACAGUGUACUUUAUUUAGGUAUUGUUAGCAGUUGGUCCCCAUAAAAAACAACAAUUACACACACGCUUAGGUAAACUAGCCAGGCAGCCGUCUACAUUAUAGAGCCAUUAACGAUAAACGGAGAGUAAUCUAAGGCCAUCUCUUCUCCAACUUAAUAUUCAACAAAUUUCUGCGGACAACAUUCCUUUGGCCUUAGCUUACCUUCCGUUUGCCGACCCCAAAAUUAAUUUCUAUAUUUGUUUCAAGAUUACAUUCCAAUAAAAAGAUUAUUGUUCCAAUUUGUUGAGACAGCGA